GUGUGUGGGCCCGUGGGGUGAUGUAAGAAGCGAUCGCGGGGAGGUGUUUGCGAAAUCUCUUCGUUGUGCGAUUCUCAUCCAUCGCGAUGAGCUCGGGACCGGAGGCGUAAUCUAGCGCCACGCGUUAUCGGCGAGAUUAUUAUCUUCCGUGUACUCGUUAGUCGACGUUCAGCCGAGGGAAACAAUCAUGCGCUCGCAAAGCCACUGACGGGACGAAGUGAAAACGCCGCGUCUCUACACGCUCUCUUCGACAAUGAGCGAGGAUACGAGUCCUUCGGAUCGUCAGAUCCUGCUCUCCCGCCUGCUGGACGCCGUUAAACAGUGCCAGAUCCGCUUCGGGGGACGCAAGGAACUCGCCACGGAGAGCGAUAGCAGGGUUGUCAACCUGUGCACGCAGUUCGAGGCCGUCCUGCAGCAUGGAAUGAAAAAAUCCAAAGGACUCAGCUCAAUCAGACAAGUCUCCGAGAUUGUCAAGGGCUUGAAUCUCUGGAACAGCGACUCCGACUAUGUGUUCUGGCACUAUGUGCGGACUCACCUGACCAAGCACGAGCUAGAGCGGUACCUGGUGCUGCGGCACGUCAACACCGACGAGGGCCGCGGGCGGGCCUGGCUGCGGUCGGCGCUAAACGAGCAUGCUCUCGAGCGGUACAUGCACAUGCUCGUCGGUGAUCCCGCUCACAUCAGCCAGUUCUAUGAGGACACUGCCUUCCUGAUGGACCAGGAAAAGAGCAGCAUGCUUCCCAUCAUGUCAGCAGGUCUGGGAUCCAUCCUGUUUGCAAUCAAUAUCGACAAUCCCGACCUCAACCCUCCCGAGUCAAGUGUCACAGUGCGCGGUCCCAUGCAGAGUGGACUUGCGGACACACGUCCAGUCCUGGCCAAAGGCUUGGUGGAGGGCAAACGGAAGAAGAAGUGCCGCAAGCCUCGGUCCAACGUGGUCUCCUUUGACGACGAAGACGACGAUGAUUACACCUUGGACAGCAGGUUUCUGGGCAACCACAGCUGCUUCAGUGCACCAGCGACAUGCGUCUCGUCUCCUGUGGCAACCGAGUUCCCAGCUGCAACCCUGCAGGUGAACAAUGAGGUGUCGUCAACUGCGGGGGACACUGCCGAUGACGGGGAUGCCGCCACUGCGACGUCUGCAAAGGCUCCAGCAGACGACGCUCAAAGUGUCGAGUCCCUCGCAACUUCUGAUGGGAACCUGUCUGACGAGAGAGAGCCCAACCCUCGCGGCAAGCUAUCAGCAGCCAUCCCGGUCGAGCGAGCAAAGACGUGGUCGGGAUCAACCGAAUCCUCGGGAUCGCCAAGGCCUGAGCUUCCCGAUUCCAUGUCCUCAUCACCAAUGAGCCAUGCCAAAGAAGCGGGUACCAGCUGUCAGCCAUCUUCCCUGACACCUAUUCUGGACCUCUCCAUUGGGGACCUCAUUCCCGUCUGCCAUCCCGCAGAAGAUGGCGCCAGAUCAGAGGACUCUAUUCCGAGCUACAGCGAAGAUACAGAGACGGCAGCGGCUGCUCUAAUGCUGGCGCAGAACGUCUCAUCUCUUGCGCUCAGCGCCGUCGAGUCGCCAAGUGCUGCGCCUGCGGAAGCUGAGCUUUCCUCUGACAUGGUGUCGGCGACCCCAGAGGAGCUCAAGCAAGCUCUGCUUGUGAUGACUCAGCAAAUCAAGGAUGUUGAACAGGAGAACAUUACCCUGCGGAGAAUGGUGGAUCAGGAGAGCGAAGUAAGUGCCAAACUGCGGGCCGACGCCCGUGAGGCUGAGAAGCAGACCAACGAGCGGCUCGACAAACAGGAAUCCCGGAUACAGACACUCACCAGGGAAAACCAACUGCUAAAGCACCAGCUCAAGAAGUACAUAGCGGCUGUGCAGAUGCUGAAGCGGGACGGCCUGGCUGCUCACGAAGAGCUGCGCAAAAUGGUGGGAGAUGUCGAGCCAGCCAUUCCUGACGCCAAGCCACACAUCGACCACCAGUUUGAAGCCAGCGAGUAUGAAAAGAAGCUGGUUCAGGUGGCCGAGAUGCAUGGAGAGCUGAUGGAGUUCAACGAGCGGCUCCAUCGUCUGCUGCUCUUCCGCGAAUGCACUAUCCGCAGGCUACGCGAGGAGCUCACCGACCUGCGCGGACCGCUGCCCGAUGAAAACCAGACCUCGGAUGACGACCUGAGCGUAACGUCAGACUAUGAUGCGUCGUCGCAGAGUGCAUCUCUGAGGCCGCUCAUCAACUUGUGGAUACCCUCGGCAUUCCUCGCUGGGCACCAAUCACAUGCAUUCCAUGUCUACCAGGUGUACGUGCGCAUCAGAGACGACGAGUGGAACGUGUACCGGCGCUACUCGCAGUUCUACGCCCUGCACAAGCAGCUGUGCAAGAAAAACCCCGUCGUCUACUCUUUUGACUUCCCACCCAAGAAGUCGAUAGGCAACAAGGAUGCCAAGGUCGUGGAAGAGAGGCGUCAACGGCUCCAGCGAUACCUGCGCAGCGUUCUCAACUUCCUCACGCAGACGUCGCAGGAGCUGAUUGACAGUCCCGACAGAGCCACCCUUGUCAGGCUGCUUCCUUUCUUCAGGGAACAAGACACGACGCACCCAAAGGUUCGACAGGCACGACGCACAGCACAGCGGCUCCGCGUGCCAGUGGUAGCGGGCAGUUCGCCUAGCCAAGGCGCCAGCUCGUCCCAGGUGCCCGUGCGCCACUACAUGGGUCACUGAACGCUGCUUGGUAGGCGAGAAGAGACCAAACCACGUCCGAGAAUCUCAGUGACUUGUCAGUCCUGGCACCCUUGACCUUCCCUACCUGGCUACUGUCGUGCGUUAGCAAAGGUUGAGGAGGUGCCAUGUAUUUCCUGUCUUUCACCUCGUGUCCCGUCGUGAAAAUACCCUUGUUCCUUUCGUCGCAGGAGUGCUCUUUCCGUAGUCUCGGAACAGAGCCAGCUCGCUGUCGCAACAUGUGUUUUUAACUGCUGGUGCUGAUGCCCACAAAUGGCAAGGAAAAAUGCUGUACGAUGCUGAUUGCGCAGGCUAAGUUGCGCCACCUAUCGUUUAUGUGCCCGUGGCAUGGACGGUGUUGUUGGCAGUCGCGCGGGUCAACAUAUCGGUGCCCAGGUACUGAAUUUUUUUUUCGAAUGUCUACGUUGCCCAUCAGGGUCAUAGCCAUCAAAGUUUAUAUAAGUUCCUGUUGGAGAAACACGCAGGCUGACACUUUCUCGAUGUACCGGCAACGUUUUCGCGGUGCACUAUUUCUCUGCAUUCAUCGGCACUGGCCUCGGUGCUGUACACAUUGCAUUUGGGUAGUGAAGUAGGCUGUAUUGAAUAGCACAGCGGUAUAGCUUCAGCCUAGCAUCGCCAUAGGUAGUGAAGAAAAAGUGGUCAGAGGGGCUGAAGACGGGCUGUUCGUCGUUUUAUCAACAAUAGUUGAUUCUCUCACGACGAGGGACGUGUUUCAGGUCUAUACAGGCUUGUCGAGGAAUCGGUGCACACGUCCGAUGGUCCGAUGGCUCUGGUCGUUCCUUAUUCGAUACAUGAACGCUUUUUCUUCGUUUUGCGAGGCACUCAAUUGAUACGAAAGUCUGCCUGGGUUGGACCACUGUUUAGUUGUGUUUUAUCUGAAAAGUAAGGCGUUAGAAUUUUGAGACCAAAGUAUGGGUCUUGAAACUGAAAUCAGUAGUGAAAACAACAUAUUAACGUACAUAUUAACGUAAUGUACUCUGUUGCUUCUUAUGGGACCUGUGUUGAUUAUAUAAAGCUUGCUUGAAAAGAAAAGUAAUGUCUGUGGUUGUGAGUAUUUGGGAAGUUUGCAUGCUUUCUUCUCUCACUCUUUUUACACUGAUGAUUUACAUUAGUGAUAUCUUUGUAAAGUGGGUGGCAGUGUUUUUUCUCACAACACUGCAUGUUCAAUGGUUAUGUUCCAUGUACCUGAAGUAUUUUCGAGGGUUGAGGGCACACAGUUUACAUUUAUGGUUGUAAUCAGAACUCACUGGAGUACGUCAUUUUGUUUUGCCGCAGCGCAUUUUUGAUGGUGAAACAAGAAAUGUGUCUUUGCUAAUCAUUUAUGCAAUAUUUAGAUGUGUUCUGCAUAUGGUAGGGGACAAGAUUGUAGGAUAUUGAAUCUACUGCCAGUUAAGAAAAAAAACUUGGGUUCACUUACGCCAGUACAUAACUUUGCUUGAUUACCUGUAAAAGCAUCGGAUGCUAAGAUCUGUACCUGUAACUUGCAAGUGUACAUAGCUACGGGUAUAUAAGUUCGUUUAUUUACUAGAAUUGUAGAAGUGACACCUAUCGAGGUAUACAGCAGACACUGAAACAAAUAUAUUAUGGUUGGCACUGACUGAUGGUUUUGACAUUUUAUAGUCAUUUCGCUAGGCCAAACUUAGUAUGAACAGAAUUCAAUAUUUGUCGUAGUUCUUGAGAAGUUGAGGUGGCAUAAACGUGACUCAAGGACCUUUUCUCUUGACAUAUGGUGAGCGUAACUGUCUAUAGUGAUAGUAGUCAGUGUACCAGGUCGAAAAUUCAAAAGUUCGCAAUAGUAUUUUUAAAGGUAGCCAAAAACGAGGAAGUUCCAGGCAGGAAGUUUAAGAAGUAGCCAAACCAUGACUGAACAAUAGUAAAAGAAAAGGCAUGCCCUGCAAAACUUUGUAAAAAGCUUUUGCCGAAAGUGGCCCAAAACUAGUUAUCCCGGGCACACUGGUAUAAGCAAGGCUAAAAGUAGUGAAAAGAAUAGCCAGAUUAGAACUGAAUGGUCGUCGUGUAAAUAUGAAGUUAUGCGGUGUGAAUGACGAAAUCUUAGCGAGAUGGAAUGCGUUAAUAUUUUGUGCAAUUUAAUGCAUUUCAUUAUUACCGUGAAAUUUGAUUGUCGUAAUUUUACUGUACAUACUUACCGUAUUU